UGAAAAAAUGUGACAGCUUAUGUCAAAUAAAUAACCUAAACUUAAAUCUUUGUUUUUGUUCACGAUUGAAUUAUUUAUUAUGUCGAAAACUACUUCAUUAUUUAAUCUAAUAAUCAAACGAAAUAUUUCUGUUACUACUCCCCGUGAAGGUAAAAGAAAUUUCCGAAAAUUCGUUAUACCUAAUAAAAGGGGGUCCCGAUUACACAAACAGAACCAGGCAGGUCCAAAACCCGAGUUAGAAAUCGACAAACGUGGGGUUCGUGAUAUAGGCUAUGUUUUGAACGGCCGCUUUGUUAAAGUACCCGAAAUGAUUCCUGAACUUAUUGUUCCCGACUUAACGGGUUGUGAUCUAAAACCCUAUGUUUCAUACAAAGCUGAGGAUGUUAUUCAAAGCGAAUUUACCGCUCAACAGUUAUUCGAUGCAGUUUAUAGUAGAAAGAUUGUAACUGAUUUUAAAGAAAAUAAACUAACAGAAGAUGGAGAACCCUUAGAGCCGUCAGAUGAAGAGAAAUUGCAGCCAGAAGAAGCAGUUCACAGAGCUAAGAGGACUGGCUCUGAUAUAUUUUAGUUGUAAUUUAUAAGAUAUAGUCUUAGUAUGUAGUUAAAUUGUAUGAUAUAAUAAUAAAC